AUGACCUCGGUCAGCCCAGAUGCAGGCGAGACGCCGAAAGUAGUCCUCCAUUGGCUCGAAGUGUCUCGCUCACAUCGCAUUCUUUGGUUCUUCGAAGAGAUUGGACUCUCAUAUGAGCUCAAAACAUACAAGCGGACCACGGAGGGCCUUGCACCCCAGGAGUUGAAAAAGGUUGAUCCUCUAGGCAAGUCUCCAGUCGUGGAGAUCUUUCCGCCUGACUCGACCAAACCAAUUGUUCUUGCAGAGUCCGCGGCAAUCGUCGAGUAUUUCUGCGACUAUUACGGACGCUGGCUGGUUCCUCCACGAUAUCCUGACGGCAAAGAUGGCCAGAUCGGUGGUGAGACUGAAGCCUGGCUACGAUACAGAAGGUUCAUGCACUAUGCGGAGGGUAGUAUAAUGCCACUGAUGUUGUUGGGUGUGAUUGUGAACAGAAUACGCAGCUCCCCGGUUCCAUUCUUCAUCAAGCCCAUUGUUACGGGCGUUGCGAAUAAAAUUGAAGCCUCCUUCCUCCAGCGCAAUUUCAAAACUCACUAUGAUUUUCUUGAGCAUCAGUUAGCCACGGCCCCGGAUGGCGGAAACUUCUUAUGUGGAAAAGACUUGACGGCCGCGGACAUUAUGAUGUCCUUUCCCUUGGAGGCUGGUGAGAGCCGUUCUGGACUGACCAAAGAACAGUACCCAAGGGUCUGGGCCUAUUUGGAUAAGCUCCAUGAUAGAGAGGCCUACAAGCGUGCGGUGGCAAGCAUUGUUGAGCGUGAAGGGGAAUUUAAAACGACACUCUGA